UUUGUUGACAAAAUCCUUGGAUGGCUGGCGAUAGGAUCUAGACGGGAAACUGGGGGGAAAGACGUGUCCCUUGGAUAGGCCAAAAAGCACUGGAGAAACCAAGAAGGCCAGAAGGGAGGAAGGCGAUGUGUACAGGCUCAAGAUCGACGACAUGCACUUGGCUGGCUUGACACUGGCUUAAAAAAAGCCUCAGUUUGAUUGCUCGGUCACUACGGACGCGCCCGUGGGCUCGUAGACCAUGGCCUGCCCCUGGCUCGGGUGGCGGAACUUUCUGACCCGCCCCCUGAUGGCCGGGUAUGUGUGGGCCUACCCGUCGAGCCCCCGCUGGUCCCGUGGGUUGGUCCGCUCACUGCGUCGACAAUGGGACCAACUAAUGGCCCGGUCUGGUCGACGAUGGGCAGGGCUGGAGCGUAUUUACGCUCAGGGCUGGGGCCGGGCUGGCCGGCGGUGGCUAGGGCGGCGCCUCUACCACGCCCAUCCCGCCCACGCCCUGCUAGCCUUCUCCUUGGUGGGUGGGGCCAGUUCAAACUUUGACUGGCACACCUCGAGCCUGACCCCGGAAACGCUGCGUGAGCAUUGCCGGGAUCUGGACUACAUCCAACGGCUUAUUCGCCAAACCUUGACCUGCGCCCACUGUGGCCAACGCCAUCGGCUGGAACAGCCCCUGCCCGGUCACGCCUACUGCCACUGCCCGCAUCAAGUGGCCUCGGUCUACGGUCAAAGUCUCCAUCCGGAUAUUCCAUGGACGCCGUUCCUAGAACGGCCCAACAUCCUCGUUUGGCGCAUGGAGCAACCCCCGGGCUCGGGCUUGUACGCCUACAAAAUGUACGGUCAUUUCGACGACGUGACGGCCGAUGAAUUGGUCGAGGUUCAAUUGGACAUGUCCGAAUUUCGCUUGAGUUGGGAUCAAAACACGGCCCAAUGUCAUGUGGUCGAGGAGUGCGUGGAUCAGACCCAUCAGACCUUGUCCCAGAUCUAUUACUGGGAGGUCAACUGGCCUUCGUUUUUCGCCAAUCGGGACUACGUGUGCCAGCGACGGACACAGAUCUUUCAGGAUGAGAACAUGGCCGUGAUUCUGAGCCGUUCCACGGACCAUCCCAACUAUCCGAAAAAGGCCAAGGCUCACCGAGUACAGGAUUAUAAUUCGGUGUUGACCAUCAAACCGGUGAAGGCCUUUGAUGAGAAAGGCGUCGAGUUCUCGUUGACGGCCUUUGAGGAUCCGGGCGUCAGUUUGCCCGGGUCUAUCACCACGUGGGUGGCUAUUCGCGGCAUGCCGGAUUAUAUGAACAAUUUGCGGGAGGCGUGUCUGAAGUUGCGGCAACGGAAAUUGCACAAAUCUGACCCGAGCGGUCGCACUGACGCGGCGGUUCAGUUAUUGAGCUCGGCUUCCUAACCCAGGUCCAGGGUGGAGUUCAAGUCCAUUCAGUAGACGUAGUCAGUUUUGUACCUCAUGAAUGCAAUCUCGGAUAGUUGGUGACUCGUCCCAAAACUAAUGUGAACGCGACUACUAAAGCCAUUAGAGCCAUUUUUGAAGCCAGCCAGCCCACUCGAUGGAUAGGGAUCGAGGAUGCUCUAUGCUUCUAAAGAAAAAAGCCACCCACUAUAGUAGAAACAGUGUUCUUGUCAAUUUUCUUGUGGGUGGAAAAAGUCUGGGUUUUGAUGUAGUGAGCUACAAUGUGGUCCACGGCCAGACUGAUCUUUAGAUUGUUAAUUUUUAUGCUUACAGAAAUUUCAGUAAAGAGAAAUAAAGCCUAAAACAAACUGU